CUAUAAGCAAUACCUGAUAACAUGUUAGUAGAAGUAAAGCGCCCUGAGCUGUUCGGGUCACGUUCUGACCUUUAUGUUAAUGUUUUUAACAUGACAGACAUUAAACAUCCCAUCUACACUGCACGCGACAAUGGAGCGUCGCGUCGCGUCGCGUCAGGGCCACAGCAGUCGCCACGCGUCAGAGCAUUGGGCCUUUCAUCAGUCAGCGGCACCUGUGCGCGUGUCAUAAAUCAGCUCAGGUGGGUGUCCCGAUGUGACGUCACUGCUCGGCAAACAAACGCGCGCCCGCGAGCGCUCUGGGGCAGGUGAGGUUUAGUUAAAGUACAACUUUACGUGCGUGCGGGACGAAAAUGUCCGUGAGUUUCCUGCUGGAGAUGGACACGGCCAUGUACGGCAACCCCGCGAGACACCUGAACCUCGGCCAGACGCACCUGAACGUGUACCCGUCCGCCCCGUACCCGGACUACAGCGGAUACCACCCGGUUUCUGCCCUCGGCAAUGACCUGCAUCACACCGGCAGCGCGUGGAGUCCCGGGUUCGGUCACAGUGGGCGCGAGGACUGGCCGCCGCCGCUGUACGGGCACGGGACGGGUCACUCGCUGCCUGUUAACGGCGUGGAUGUGAACGUCAUUCCGCCGGUGGACCAGGAGCUGCUGAGGAGCGGUCCGAGCGCACCGGUGGAGAGAGACGAACCGCAGGACUGGAUGAGAGCCACCGCCGCUCCCGUGAACCCAGGAGGAAAAACGAGGACGAAGGACAAAUACAGAGUGGUUUACAGCGACAUUCAACGCCUGGAGCUGGAAAAAGAAUUCCACUUCAGUCGCUACAUCACCAUCAGAAGGAAGGCGGAGCUUGCGGUGGCCCUGAGCCUAUCAGAACGCCAGGUGAAGAUCUGGUUCCAAAACAGACGAGCUAAAGAGAGAAAAAUGAACAAGAAGCGACUUCAACAGGCCCAAGAGAACUCUACGUCCAGUGCGCCCAUUCACGGCAACAUCGGAAUGGUUUCCAGCACCAAUACUGGUUUGAUGACAGACAAUAUAUCGACAAACAUCAAAGUGGAAUAUUGAGAACUCUUUAAACCAGAAGGAUAAACAGUUUCACAUGUUUACACGGAUUCAGCGACACUGAACGUUCAUAUUGCACUACACAAAUGACACGCAAACACGCUUUAUUGUGAAUAAGCACACAGUAUUUUAAUUUUGUAAAGAAUGAAUCUGAUCUCAGCGUAUGAUGAACUUAUGAAGACACACAACAUAAUGCUUUCUAAAUUGUUUUGCAUACUGCUUUUGAUAUGGACUCACUAACUGGUGAUUUUGAAGUUUUAUUGACAAUAUAUUUAAAAUGCCUGUAUCACGACUGUUUUGCUUUGCUAUGUAAAAUAUUUGACACCUACUGGAUCAUGGAAAACUGAAUUUUUUGUUUGUUUUUUUUUUUUUAAAAGAAAAGGAAAAAGACUGGACUACUGCCUCAGUGUAAUUAUUCAUGUAUGAAGUAUAUCAUUCUAAUAAAAGAGAAUAUUUGAAGAGGAUCACAAAGCCUGUAAAACACAGUGGAGUUAAUAUGGAUGUUUUGGGGGGAAUACGUGUAAAGCAAAUAAUUUAAAAUGUAUGCUGAUGCAAAAAUGUCAAUGUCGCA